AUGUCUUUUAUAAGAAAAAUUCCUAUUCGCAGCUUGGCUUUAUUAUCAAGCACGAUAGGAGGAAUUUAUUUAAUUGAUGAUAAAUAUAAUGCGCGAACUUUACAAAGAAACAGUUUGACAAUUUGGAAUGGAAUAUGUAUAGGAUUAGAUUACAAGAUCAAUUUUAGACCUGAAAAAGGAGACAAAAUUGAUGAUUUACAUGAAAGAGUAGCACAAAGAAUAUUGAGAGUUUGUAAGUUUAAUGGUGGAUUGUAUAUCAAGUUAGGACAAGCUAUACAAGUACAGUCUGCUAUCUUACCUGCAGCAUAUCAAAGGACGUUUAAAACGAUGUAUGAUGAGGCACCAGCUGUUGAUUUUGAUCAGGUGGCAAAGAUAUUUCAAGCAGAUUUUAAAUGUCAUCCAGAUGAUAUGUUUGAUGAUUUUGAACGCGUUUCCGUAGCGUCUGCUAGUGUUGCUCAAGUUCAUCGUGCAAAACUCAAAGAUGGAACUCCUGUGGCUGUUAAAGUUCAAAAACCAAAUAUUAAGAAACAAAUGAAUUGGGAUUUGAUGGCCUACAAAGCAUUGAUGUAUGCGUAUGAAUAUCUUUUUGAUCUUCCUCUUACUUGGACAGCCGAAACGCAAGAUAAACAUCUACGAGAAGAAGUGGACUUUAUAAAUGAAGGUAAAAAUUCUGAGAGGACAAAAAGGGAUUUAGAACAGAUUAGAUCUUUAAAAGAUAAGGUUUAUAUUCCAAAGGUAUUCUGGGAUUAUACAAGCAGUAGAGUUUUAACAUACGGAUAUAAAUUACAUGAUGUUAUGAAAACGACGAUUGAUAUCUUUGCGUCGCAAAUUUUCGUCACUGGAUUUGUACAUGCUGAUCCGCAUCCAGGGAAUGUAUUCGUUAGACCUCAUCCAAAUAAGUCAAAAAAAUAUUAUCAAAUUGUUUUGAUCGAUCAUGGAUUGUAUGUGGAAGAAUCCGUCGUCUUCCGUCAUCAAUACAGUUUAUUCUGGAAAUCCUUAUUUUUGAUGGACACUGAAACGAUAAAUGAAAUAUGUCAGGAGUGGGGUAUUAAUGAUCCAGAAAUGUUUGCAAGCGCAACAUUAAUGAAACCGUAUAAUCCAAAAACAGCACUUCAUAUCGCUACAAAUCAAAAAUUUUCUUUAAAAGAUGCAUACGAAAUGCAAAUGGCACUUAAGGAGAGAAUAAAAAAAUUCUUAUCUAAUACAGAAUUAAUUCCAAGAGAAUUAAUUUUCGUAGGAAGAAAUAUGAACAUAGUAAGAUCUCUUAAUAGAGAAUUAGGUAGUCCAGUAAAUCGAAUAAAUAUUAUGGGAAAUUGGGCAGUAAAAGGAUUAGGAUCCGAUUGGACGAAUUGGGGUGGUAAUGCGAAAACUUUUAAUGAAAAACAACAACAAUUAUUAGGUAAAGAGGGCAGUUUGAUGGGUUUUUUUAGUCAACUAUCUUUUGUAUUACAAAGUAGAUUUAAUUAUUGGUUGUUUAGAGGCACUUUAUUAUUUAUAAGUAUUGGAUUUUAUUUAACAAAAGUAAGAGAAUCUAUUGAAAUUUGGAUAAAUGGCAGAGACGGAAAUUCAAGGGGAUUUGAAGAUGUUUUGGACGAUAGAAUGAAGCAAACUAUUGAAGAGAAAUUCGGUGUGGUGCUUGAUCAAAAAGUUUUUGAGGGAUAA